GCUCGCUCCGCUCGCAACGCUGCAGAGGCUUCGAGGCGGCGGCGGCGGCGACUCCUUCUUUCCUUCCCUCCUCCUCUGGACGUCCGUCCGUCUGUGCGUCUGUCCGUUCGGCCUCGGUCCGGCCAGCAGCAUGGCCGGCGUCAGCUUCAGCGGCCACCGCCUGGAGCUGCUGGCUGCGUACGAGGAGGUGAUUCGGGAGGAGAGCGCGGCCGACUGGGCCCUGUACACAUAUGAGGAUGGCUCAGAUGACCUCAAGCUCGCAGCAUCAGGAGAUGGGGGUCUGCAGGAGCUUUCCGGCCACUUUGAGAACCAGAAGGUGAUGUACGGCUUCUGCAGCGUCAAGGAUUCCCAGGCUGCUCUGCCCAAAUACGUGCUCAUCAACUGGGUUGGUGAAGAUGUGCCUGAUGCCCGAAAAUGCGCUUGUGCCAGCCAUGUGGCUAAGGUGGCUGAGUUCUUCCAGGGUGUCGAUGUGAUUGUGAAUGCCAGCAGUGUGGAAGACAUAGAUGCGGGUGCCAUUGGGCAGCGGCUCUCCAACGGGCUGGCGCGGCUCUCCAGCCCUGUGCUGCACCGGCUGCGGCUGCGUGAGGAUGAGAACGCUGAGCCGGUGGGCACCACCUAUCAGAAAACUGAUGCAGCUGUGGAAAUGAAGCGGAUUAACCGUGAGCAGUUCUGGGAGCAGGCCAAGAAGGAGGAAGAGCUGAGGAAGGAGGAGGAGCGGAAGAAGGCCCUGGAUGAGAGACUCAGGUUUGAGCAAGAGAGGAUGGAGCAGGAACGGCAGGAGCAGGAGGAGCGGGAACGGCGCUACCGAGAGCGGGAACAGCAGAUCGAGGAGCACAGGAGGAAACAGCAGACUUUAGAAGCAGAGGAGGCCAAGCGGAGGUUGAAGGAGCAGUCGAUCUUUGGUGACCAGCAGGAUGAGGAGGAAGAGACCCAGAUGAAGAAGUCUGAAUCAGAGGUAGAGGAGGCAGCGGCCAUUAUUGCCCAGCGGCCUGACAACCCGCGGGAAUUCUUCAAGCAGCAGGAAAGAGUUGCAUCGGCCUCUGCAGGCAGCUGCGAUGCACCCUCACCCUUCAACCACCGGCCAGGCAGCCACCUGGACAGCCACCGGAGGAUGGCCCCUACCCCCAUCCCCACCCGGAGCCCAUCGGACUCCAGCACGGCUUCUACCCCUAUUGCCGAACAGAUUGAGCGGGCUCUGGAUGAGGUCACAUCCUCGCAGCCUCCACCACUGCCACCGCCACCCCCUCAAGAGACCCAGGAGCCUGGGCCCAGCCUGGAUAGUGAAGAGACCAGCCAAGAGGCCAGAGCAGCAGUCCCUGAGUCCUGGGCCAGCCCCACGGAGGAGCCCCCACAGGCACCGGAGCCUCCCCUGGGGCAAGGCAGCCCCACGGAGGACUUGAUGUUCACGUCUCCAGAGCAGGCUGUCCUGGCUGCCCCUUUGGAAUCUGCCGUGGCCAACGCCGUCGCAGCUGACGCCCCGGCCGCUGAUGCCAUUGAAACCGACACUGCCGCUGCUGACACCACUGUUGCCCACACUGUCACCCCCGCCACGGCCAGCCUCAUUGACCUAUGGCCUGGCAAUGGGGAAGAGGCCUCCACAGCCCAGGCUGAGCCUAGGGUGCCCACACCUCCCUUGGGUGCCGAGGUCACUCUGGCAGAGGUCCCCCUGCUAGAUGAGGGGGCUGAGGAGCCACUGCCACUGGCAGGCAAAGGCUGUGCCAAUCUUCUCAAUUUUGAUGAGCUGCCUGAGCCGCCAGCUACCUUCUGUGACCCAGAGGAGGAAAUAGAAGGGGAGCCCCUAGCUUCCCCCCAGGUCCCAACUCUGACCUCGGCUCUAGAGGAGCUGGAUCAGGAGCCAGAGCUGGAGCCAGAGCCAGAGCCCCACCUGCUGACCAAUGGCGAGACCACCCAGAAGGAGGGGACUCAGGCCAGUGAGGGGUACUUCAGCCAAUCACAGGAGGAGGAGUUCGCCCAAUCGGAAGAGCUGUGUGCAAAGGCCCCGCCACCUGUGUUCUACAACAAACCUCCAGAAAUCGACAUCACCUGCUGGGAUGCAGACCCAGUACCAGAAGAGGAGGAGGGCUUCGAGGGCGGUGAUUAGCGGUGGCGCCCGCCCUCAGGCUGCCCUUGCCAAGGCCGCCCACCUGUGCUGGCCUCUGGCCAGACGGCCCGCCGCGCCUGCACUCGCAGCAGCUCCGCCUGGCACCCACUCCGGAUUCCGGCCCUGGCCCGGGACUUGGCCGCUUCCUUACCCACAGGGCCUGACUUUUACAGCUUUUCUCUUUUUUUUAAAGUUGAUAGGAGACUUGUACAGUUGACUGGUUUUCCUCCCGUUGGUAGUUGAGACGCUGUUGCAAAUUCUACCCCGUCCCCGCCCGGUCCAGAUUGUAGCUCUUAGUCCUCCCUGCUCACUCAAGCUGGCCGGGGUGGAGGCCUCACCCUACUUGGGGCCUGGCGUCGGGGGAGCUCUGGUGGGAAAAUGUCCCACCUCUUUUCCUAGUUUUAUGUUUCUUGGAAAAAUAUCACUUUGUAUUCUCUGUCCAGGGCUUCAGAUAUUUUGCACGAAUUUUAAAACAUGGCAAUAAAUGGCUCGUGGGCUCUGGCUCCCUGGAACCCCCUCCCCGCCCAUCUCUUGACCCCUCCCCGCCUGGCCCAAAGGAAGUAGGCCCAGCUGGGGCCCCUCAGCUUCCAGGCCCUUUCCUGCCCCCCUCCUGCUGGGCAGGUCCCAAGCUGGAGGCCCUAGGCGCGGAUCAGGUCAGGGCUAUCAGUGGGGCCCAGGGCUUGGACGGCCCCUCCCCAACUCCUCCCUCUUUGCUUGGGUUCCUUUUUCACGUUCAGUAACUGUUUUUUGGAAAGCACAAACUUCUGUAACGGGUCGUGCUCAUGUCUGUUAAUAAAGAAAUCCAGAUCCCUUCGGG